UCCUGGUAAAUGGUGAGUAUAUAAGAACUUGCAGACUUCCAUUUCCAUUUCCACAAUUCUCAGAGAGAGAGAGAGAGAGAGAGAGAGAGAGGCACAUACACAGAGUUACUCAGAAAUUUCUCUGUCCCUCUCUGGGACUGAGGAAAGAAAAAGAGAACCGCGUUUCUUGGAAAUUGCAUGCAUCAAAAUAGACUCCAUUUUGCCAUUUCUUGAUUUUUUAUGCAAGAACGCCCUCGAAAAGGAAGCAAACCCUCUCCGUGCUUGUUCUCUUUAAAGAAAGAUAACUAACCAAGAUGGUUCAUUUCCGGUUACACUCCGGCGUUUUACUCUACACCCUCGUUGUUCUUUUCCCUCAACUUUGCCUCGGGAUUCGUUCCAUACCGACGAGGGAGACGAAUACCGGUGCAGUUGAGGUACCCAACGGUUUCCGGUUCUCUGAAGCGCCGGAUUACCGGAACGGGAGAGACUGUCCUGUUUCAACAACCAAUGGGCGCUCGGUUUCCUCCUGCGACCCUUCUUUAGUCCACAUAGCCAUGACUCUUGAUUCUGAGUAUCUACGUGGCUCAAUCGCUGCCGUCCACUCGGUUCUCAAACACGCUUCCUGCCCAGAAAGCAUCUUUUUCCACUUCGUUGCGGCAGAGUUCGACCCGGCAAGCCCGCGGGUCUUAACCCAAUUGGUACGAUCCACUUUCCCAUCGUUGAAUUUCAAGGUCUAUAUAUUCCGAGAAGACACUGUAAUCAAUCUAAUCUCUUCUUCAAUCCGGCAAGCACUGGAAAACCCAUUGAAUUACGCAAGAAACUAUCUUGGUGACAUGUUGGAUCUGUGCGUGGAUCGGGUCAUUUAUCUGGACUCUGAUAUUGUGGUCGUCGACGACAUACACAAGUUAUGGAACACCGCGCUUAGCGGGUCUCGAGUGAUCGGGGCACCCGAGUAUUGCCAUGCGAAUUUCACCCAGUAUUUCACUUCCGUGUUCUGGUCCGACCCGGUUAUGUCUGGUACUUUUUCGUCGGCGAGGAGGAAGCCGUGUUACUUCAACACUGGGGUUAUGGUGAUGGAUUUGGUGAGGUGGAGAGAAGGGGAUUAUAAGAGGAGGAUAGAGAAGUGGAUGGAGAUUCAAAAAAAGACAAGGAUUUAUGAGUUGGGCUCAUUGCCACCAUUUUUGCUCGUGUUUGCAGGGGAUGUUGAAGCGAUAGACCAUAGAUGGAACCAGCAUGGACUUGGUGGGGAUAAUGUGAGAGGGAGUUGCAGGUCAUUGCAUCCUGGUCCGGUCAGCUUGCUACAUUGGAGUGGGAAAGGGAAGCCUUGGGUUAGACUUGAUGCUAAAAAGCCAUGCAAGCUUGAUCAUCUUUGGGAGCCGUACGAUCUGUACAUCAGUAAUAGCAAGGGGUAUUACUAUGCUCACAAUGACCACCAGUCCAUGGGAUUUUUUACAGGCUCUAGUUACUUGUGAUGAUGGAUUUAGGGGAUGUGGGGUGCGUUGAUUCUUUUUAUUUUUGGGUUUGCUUACUGCUUCUACACGUUCUGAAGAAAUUCUAUUCUUUGAUAUACCUGUGUACAGAUUAAAAGGCUGGGGCUGAUUUGGGGGUUCAAUUCUUUUUGAAUGAAUGAAUAUUCUUCGUGUUCAUCUAUCAUGUUCUUCUCAUAUAGGAUUUCAAUUCCAUGUUCCUCAGGUUCCAGUGCUUGGAACAAUUUUGUUGGAUUUGAUUUCUGUGUAAGUGAUUCGCAAUCAAGAGAGGAAUAACAUGCAUAUAUUCACUUA